GUGAAGGGAACGCGCGCGCGGGCCGGAAGCCCGAGGGCGAGGUUAGGACUGCAACGCCAGGAGAUGACUGGACGGAGCCCAAGGUGACGGCAGUGGGGCGGGACAAACAGCCGGAUCAAGGUAGCGCGGGACGUGCCUGGGGACUAAGAGGCGCCCUGGAGCAGGCGGAGGAGGAGGUGGCUGUGCGGCCCGAGACGCCCGAGGACGAUGAGGACGAAGAGGAGGCGCUGCCACACUCCGAGGCGGUAGACGUGUUCCAGGAGGGUCUCGCCAUGGUCGUGCAGGACCCGCUGCUAUGCGAUCUACCGAUCCAGGUUACUUUAGAAGAGGUCAAUUCACAAAUAGCACUAGAAUAUGGCCAAGCAAUGACAGUCCGAGUGUGCAAGAUGGAUGGAGAAAUAAUGCCUGUGGUUGUGGUACAGAAUGCUACGGUCCUGGACCUGAAGAAGGCCAUUCAGAGAUACGUGCAGCUCAGGCAGGAGCGGGAAGGAGGCAUUCAGCACAUCAGCUGGUCCUAUGUGUGGAGGACAUACUACCUGACCUCUGCAGGAGAGAAGCUCACUGAGGACAAGAAGAAGCUUCGAGAUUACGGUAUCCGGAAUCGGGAUGAGGUGUCCUUCAUCAAAAAGCUGAGGCAAAAAUGAACCUCCAGACAAGGACAACCGUGCUACUGACCAAGCUCUCCCCACCCCCAGGAGGAAGCCUUCGACAACUGUUCCCUUUUUGCAGAAGAGUGUUGAGGUGGCCUGCACCUAGCUGGAGCACCCUAAUCAUGUGGCAGAUGGGCCUGGCCCUCUGUACAGGGUUCAUCCAUUUGCUUCUUAGUUUGAAAAGUAAAAAAGCCACAGUACUUGGGGCAGGAGGGACUGGUGCUGCCCAGUCCCAGAGGGAAAGCAAGGGCAGAGACUAGGGCAAGUGAGUGCUAAGGUGGAGGACGCUUCACCUGAGCCCUGUGGCCACCCCCUGGCCAUGAGACCCUUUUACUGUGAUCUCUACAGCAGGGGGCAAUAAAGGCAGAGUGGCUGGC